GUGGUGAACUUUUUACUGGUCUCUACAGUGACUACUGGGGAAGAGAUGCUGGUCUGUUUCGCACCAUGAAUCGCAUGGCACAUCUCCGAACUGAACCUGAUAGUGAGCGCCUGUUGAAAGAACCAAAAUUUGUUGGCUCAUACAUGAUUCCUGACAAUGAAGACCAUGAAGAUAACAAAGUAUAUUUCUUCUUUACUGAAAAAGCAUUAGAGUCCGAGACAAGCACUCAUGCCAUUUAUACCAGAGUGGGACGUGUAUGUGCGAAUGAUAUGGGAGGCCAGCGAAUGCUUGUGAAUAAAUGGACCACUUUCCUCAAAACCAGGCUGGUUUGCUCUGUGCCUGGAAGAAACGGAAUUGAUACGCAUUUUGAUGAAUUAGAGGAUGUGUUUUUGCUGCAAACUCGUGAUAACAAAAAUCCGGUGAUAUUUGGCCUCUUCAGCACUACAAGCAAUAUAUUUAGAGGAUAUGCUAUAUGUGUUUACCACAUGGCAAGUGUCCGAGCAGCUUUCAACGGACCAUAUGCUCAUAAAGAAGGACCUGAGUACCACUGGGCUCUAUACGAAGGAAAAGUACCUUAUCCUAGACCUGGUUCAUGUGCCAGCAAGGUGAAUGGCGGUCUGUACACCACCACUAAAGACUAUCCUGAUGAAGCUGUCCAUUUUGCCAGGAGUCAUCCACUGAUGUAUCAGCCCAUCAAGCCUGUUCAUAAGAGACCAAUACUGGUUAAAACAGAUGGAAAGUACAAUCUUAAACAAAUAGCAGUGGACAGAGUGGAGGCUGAAGAUGGGCAAUAUGAUGUCUUGUUCAUUGGUACAGAUAAUGGAAUUGUGCUGAAAGUCAUUACAAUAUACAAUCAAGAAACAGAAUCAAUGGAAGAAGUGAUUCUUGAAGAGUUGCAAGUAUUCAAGGUGCCAGUUCCUAUUAUUUCUAUGGAAAUAUCUUCAAAAAGGCAACAGCUCUACGUUGGAUCUGAGUCGGUCAUCACGCAAGUGAAGUUCCACCAGUGUGACAUGUACGGCACCGCCUGUGCGGAUUGCUGCCUCGCUCGAGAUCCAUACUGUGCUUGGGAUGGGAUCUCCUGCUCCCGAUACUAUCCCACAGGGGUGCAGGCAAAGAGACGUUUCCGCAGACAAGAUGUUCGCCAUGGAAAUGCAGCGCAGCAGUGCUUUGGCCAGCAGUUCAUUGGUAAUCUACUCACACGUUUACAAAUUGCUAGCAAACGCCUGGAGCAGAAAGCACAGAUUUCGCCAGGA